UCAGUUGCAUUAAGUUCUUCGAGAUAUACAGAAGUGCUGUUAUCUGUUCUAAACUAGAAAAAACUGAAAAGAUGUCACAAAAUAUUAAUAAAAGAGAUAAAAAAGGCUAUUACACCAUAUUUGCUCCAGGAACACUACAAGCGGAUUUUGAAUAUGGUGUUACAGUUGCACUCCACUAUAUGUCAGAGUGUGUAACAAUGAAGGUGGGCAUAUCUGGACCCUCUUAUAAUGAAACCAAAACCAUUGAGAUCCAGCCGACCGAAUCGAAAAUAGUUGUCUUUAAAAUGCCGCCGCUGUUGGAAGAUGGUACCUACGAAUUGCAAACGGAGGGCAUUAGUGGUUUGAUUUUUACACAAACCUCCGAGUUGAACUACAAAAAUGUUAAGCCAAAGAUUUAUAUACAAACCGACAAGGCAAUGUACAAGCCCGGUGAUUUGGUUCAGUAUAGAAUUUUAGCUCUCGAUGAAUAUACCAAGCCGGCCAAACUUCAAAAGCCCCUACAUUUUACUGUGCUCGAUGGUGCAUAUAAUCAAAUAAAAUACAUUGAGAAUAUACCAUUCGUCAAAGGUGUUCAUUCGGGCAAGAUGCAGUUGUCCGAACAACCGGUCUUGGGAGAUUGGUGCAUUUGCAUAACCUAUGGCGAAGAGAGGUGGACAAGAACAAACAAAAGUUUCAAAGUUGCCAAAUAUGUAUUGCCCAAAUUUAGUGUAGAAAUUGAAGCGGACAAAGAGGUGGCUUUAGCCGAUAACACAUUAAACAUAACAAUUCGUUCAAAAUAUACAUAUGGCAAGCCAGUAAAGGGUAAGGCAACUGUAAGCGCCAACUAUCUGUCGUAUAGUCGAGAAACUACAGUGGCUCAAAAAACCAUUAGCAUGUCAGGCAGAGGAGAUGUGCAAUUCGAUUUAAUAAAAGACCUGCAAAUGGAUCCGCAAUACGAUUAUAUGUCCGAAAUUAUGGUUGAAGUUGUUAUGACCGAAGAUUUGACCGGCAUUCAAAAGAAUUCUUCAACUCGCAUUAAUGUUCGAGGCUCGCGUUAUAUUAUAUCUGUGCCAGAUAUGUGCGGCUCUUAUGAAAUCAACAAGCCCAUUGAGAUCAAAGCCAUAAUCAAAAGAUUUGAUGAUAAACCUUUUACAAGCGACAAAUCUAAAGCCAAACUAAGGAUUUUGGGAGACUCUCAUGAAGACGAUGAUUUGGUUUUUGAAAGUGCUGUGGAUCUGAAUGGGGUGGCAACAUUUAAUUUCACAUUGUCCAAGGAAGGCUACUAUCCCAGUGUAAAAGUUGCAUAUGAGGAAGAAACUUACCACACCAAUGGAUUUAAAGCAGUCGAUGCGGCUCUAAAAGGAAAAGUUUCUCCAAAACCAUAUUUUGAAGAGUGGAUUGUUCUGCAAAUACUUCUCAAACCAGAUGAACCAACAAUUGGUGAAGAUUUCAUCGCUGAUGUAGUGUCGUAUCAGCCUUUAUCCUACUUUGUCUACACCAUUUUGGGACGUGGUAAAAUUCUACAGCAUGAAUAUGUCAAACUAGAACCUCAAGCUAAGACUUGUAGCAUAAAGAUUAAGGCCACAUUCGAUAUGAUGCCUACUGCAAAAAUGAUUGCCUAUUAUAUUGAACAUGGUCAAGUAGUGGUGUGUGAAAAAAUCAUAAAUUUAGCAAAUAAAUUUGAGAAUAAGUUGCAAAUUACAGCUCCAGCUGAGGCAAAAACCGGUGAUGAAGUCACCUUGAAUAUAAAAACCGACCCCAACUCCUUUGUGGGAAUUUUAGGUGUGGAUCAGAGUGUUUUGUUGUUGAAGUCAGGCAAUGAUUUCAAAGGAAAGAAAAUUUUAAAGGAUUUACAUGACUACGAAUCGAAAACACCUCGCCGCAGAAGGUCAUAUUAUGAUCCAGAGUACAGUUUUAGAAGAUCAAGAUGUACCAGAGAUUAUGAUUCACCCGAAAGAUUUUCUGGCUUUGUUGCACAAACAAAUGCUCAUAUUCGAACUCGUUCUUCUGGUUGUUGCUAUUAUGCUAGACCGGUCGAAAUUAUGUCAUUGGAUUUACCAGAUAUGACUGAAAUCCCGGAUAAAGACAGUGAUGAUGAAUGUAAUCUAAUUGCUACUAGUAAAAUUCGUAAAAUUCGCAAAGACUUUUCGGAAAAUUGGAUCUUUCAUGAUAUUGAGAGCGCCGAUUCGAAUGGCCUCGCAAGUUUUACGAAAAAAAUUCCGGACACCAUAACUUCCUGGAUUAUCACAGGAUUUUCUAUGAAUGAAAAUAGUGGAUUUGGUAUAACACAAAAACCAUCGCAAGUUCGGGUAUUCCAACCCUUCUUCUUGAGUACAAACCUUCCGUACUCCAUAAAACGUGGCGAAGUUAUUAAAGUGCCCGUACUGGUUUUCAAUUACCUCGACACGAAGUUAGAAGCCCAAGUUACGAUGGAAAAUGAUGAGGAUGAAUACGAUUUUAUGGAAUCAGAUGAGGAAAACUCAAAUAAUAAACAAAUAACCAAACAAGUAACUAUUCCCUCAAACACUGGCGAAGCUGUAUCGUUUGUCAUCAAACCGAAAAUUGUUGGUGAGGUUGUUUUAAAAAUCAAAGCCAUCACACCAUUGGCAGGUGAUUUGAUGCAUCAGAAACUCAAGGUGGAACCAGAAGGUGUGGCACACUAUAAAAACGAAGCCUUUUUCAUUUCAAGAUCCAACGAUGAUGAUUCUUCUAUGCCACACAUCUUGAAAGCUGAAAUACCUGACGAUGUGGUUUUAGAUUCAGAGUAUUUGGAAUUUUCGGCAGUUGGAGAUAUUGUAGGACCUACGGUGAAAAAUCUCGAUCAAUUAGUUUGCAUGCCCUGUGGUUGUGGAGAACAGAACAUGAUCAAUUUCGUACCCAACAUUUUAGUGCUGCAAUAUUUGGAAGCCAUUAAAAAUGAUUCGCCAUCUAUAGUACAGAAGGCCAAGAGCUACAUUGAGAUAGGCUAUCAACAAGAAUUGAAAUACAAGCACAAAGAUGGCUCCUAUAGUGCAUUUGGCGAAGGUCACAGCGAAUCGAACAGUUGGUUGACAGCCUAUGUGGUACGCUCUUUUCUACAGGCACGAAAAUACACCACCAUCGAUGAAAGAAUAAUAGAUGAAGGUUUUCAGUAUCUGCUUAAGACACAAAAGAAAAAUGGAGAAUUCCCUCAAACGGGUAGCCUUUUCUUUCCUUCAAACCAAAAUACAUUGGGUGUUUCGGGCUUUAUACUGCUGGCAUUCUUGGAAGAUGAGGAUUAUGCGUUGAAAUAUAAAAGCCAAAUUGAAAAAUCCCUACAGUUCCUUAGCAACAAUGUGGACAGUGAAGAAAAUCUAUACUCCUUGGCCAUUUGCCUAAGGGUAUUUUGCAAGACCAAACACCCUAAAGCCCAAACUGUUAUGGAAAGAGUGCAGCUUAAAGCAAAUUUUGAAAAUAAUCAAAAAUGGUGGUCCAACUUCUCGAAUAAUAACAAUAAUGAUAUUGAAAUCACUGCCUAUAUUGCCCAAUCGAUGAUGGAAGUUGAAGUAUCGAGUGAUGUCUUGGCAAUUAUAAAAUGGCUGAUUACAAAGCGGAAUAGAAUGGGCGGCUUUUCCUCAACACAGGAUACAGUAGUUGGCCUGAAAGCCCUAUUUACUUUCGCAGAAAGAUAUGCAACUGCUAUUGAAGGCAGAAUGACAAUUCACUUUGAGGCUCAAAACAAGGAAGGCAUUGAAACCACCAAAGGCACCAUUAAUUUGGAUAAUAACAAAUCUUUGGAAUUGCAAACUCAUGUGCUUCCCAAGUCAACACGUCAGAUUGCCUUGACAACAGAAGGAAAAGGAUCCACUUUGUUGCAAUUAUCCUAUCAAUACAAUUUGGCCACUCCUGAUGCCAUGCCUAGUUUCGUUGUUAAGUACAACGCUCAGAAGCCACUGUUUCCGGGUCAUUUGCUUAUGACUAUAAGUGUCGAAUACAAACACGAAGCGAAACAGUUCCAGGAGUCCAACAUGGCUGUCAUGGAGAUCAAUCUGCCAUCAGGCUAUACAACAGACGAUGAUACGCUGAAAUCCAUUCGCGAAACCAAGCGAGUUCAGCAAGUAGAAAUGAAAAAUAAGACGGCAGUCAUAGUUGUCUACUUUGAGAGUCUUGUGGUGGGCAAACCCAUAUGUUUCGAUGUUGCUGCUGAAAAGUUGCACGAAGUGGAAAUGUUAAAACCUUCCGCCAUUACCAUUUACGACUAUUACAAUACUCAACGUCGUGCCACCAUUUAUUAUCAGAUCCUCCAGUGAUAUGGAAAGAGAUCUAAGGCAAUGCAGUAUUUGAAAAUUAGAGCAUAGCUUCUAGGCCCAUGAGUUUCACUUCUUACAGGAUCGCUACAGAGUGCUAGAGAGAUAUCCAUUAAAAAAAUGCAAGCUUCUUAAUGCGAAAGCAAGUUAAUCGCACUACAGAAAAUUUCCUAAAUGUAAAAUUUAGUAAUCCGCUUCCAAUUGUUUGUUUUUCUGUUCAUAAACUUAAAUUGUAACCCCCAAAAACGGCCACCAUGUCGUAAAGAAAUAUGCAAAAAUAAAAAAACACCGAUUA